CUCCGACUGAUUUGCAAAAGGAGUGAUACAAAUCCCACCGAACGGCUGUUGCUUGCAAACUUGGAAGUUGGCGUCAUGAUACCCGUCACUAUCGUCACUGGCUUCUUGGGGUCAGGAAAGACCACUUUGAUCUUGAACUUGAUACAACAACUACCCAAGGACUAUAAGCUCGCCCUCCUCAAGAACGAAUAUGGCGAUGUUGCUGUCGACUCGCAACUUGCUUCCUUCCAAGCAAUUUCUGGUGUGCAGGAGCUUCUGAAUGGCUGCAUUUGCUGCAACCUCGUAGGCCAACUGUCCGAUGCUCUUGAGCAGCUUUCCAAUGAUGUCCAACCCGACCGUAUCGUUAUCGAGACCUCCGGAUCAGCCUUCCCUGCCACACUAGCAAUGGAAGUCAACCGAUUAUCGCGAGAAACGAGCAAAUACGUACUUGACGGAGUAAUGAGUGUCAUCGAUGUCGAGAAUUGGAAGGGGUAUGAGGACACAAGUUAUACAGCGAAGAUCCAGGCAAGGUACACAGACCUGAUCGUACUCAACAAAUGGGAGCUUGUGGAUGAGAGGCGAUUAGAAAAUGUCGAAGACAGAAUAUUGGAUCUGGAUGUCGAUCCUCCGAUCCCUAGGCAAAAGAGCAGCAAAGGUUGGGUGGACAAGGAUAUCGUGUUCGGUCUGGAUGCAAAGCUGGCAAGAGCUGUAGAGCAGACCACUGAGAGCGGCCACAGCCACGAGCACAAUCACGACCACUCGAGUGAGGUGGAAGUUUUGAGCAUCACAUUGGCAAGCAAAGACGGAAACGGCAAUGUUGACACAGACAAACUCGCAAAACUGCUCAAAGACCCCACGAAAGACGAAGUCUACCGCAUCAAAGGAGUGCUAUACGCAUCAACGCCUCCGCAAUCUUCAGAUAAGGACAUCAGCACGUUAACAGCUUCGGAAGGGCGAGGACGAUACAUCCUGAACUGGGCUUUCGGGCGGUGGACAUUCACACAUGUUCCUGAGGUAUCAUCCACAACAGGGAACAGUGAGCCCGAGCUCCGAUUGACCGUUGUCACCGCGCGAUACGAGUCGAACAAGUGGAAGAAGCAGAUCGAGUCGAGCGGACUCAUCGCCCUGCAGGACGGCGCAGAAGGGCAACUGACGGUGGAGAAGAAGUCUUAGAAUGAUACCCAGAGAUUGAGCGCGAGAAAGUACCAUAACACAAAAGCCCCUCGUGUGACUUUCCAAAAAAAAAAAACAGAACUAAGGAACCUCCAGCCUUUGUUUCGAGUGCUGUUCUUUGGGCCCAAGUUGUGUGAUGAUCUCAACAAUCGUGCCAGCUCUACUCGGGUGCAGAGCCACUCUUCGGUACGUUUGCAGCAUGAUCACUUUCGAGCUUGGUAGGGAGCACCUAUUUACUUCACUUCAACACCUUCCGAACAUGGGCUUGCACUUUGACAUUCGCCAUGCUUCCUAUCACUCUAAUUGCUAGUCAAUCUGUUCUCCGGAUCACUAUCUUUAGUCUUGUUGCACUUUGGACUCACGUUGAACACAAGCCAGAAGCACGAGAUGUAGCAUCUUGGAUCUCACAUCCGUAGAAUCUCGUUAUAUGUCACUUCAGCGUACUCAUGGGCAAAAUCAGUCAUCACUCAC